GAGAAUGGAGAAUAGAAGUGAAAAAUGGAAUUUUCAAGGGAACAAAGAACUGAAUGCUUCAACCAUAACUGUGGGAGGGGUCUAUAACAUGCUGAUGGACAGCAUCAACAAUGAAGACAAGAGACCCGUUGUUCGUCUCGGUCGUGUAGAUCCCACUGAUAACCCUUUGUUUCGAACUUCCCCUGUAGCUCCUGAUGCUGUUGCAAUUGCCGUUCAUUCCUAUAACUUCAAUUGUUACCCUCCCACCCUUGGCUUACCUGAGGCAAAGAGGGCUAUUGCAGAUCAUCUAUCUUCUGAUCUUCCAUACAAAUUAUCACCAGAAGAUGUUUUUCUCACCAUUGGUGGAACACAAGCUAUAGAUAUAAUCUUACCUGUCCUUGCACGUUCCAGUGCCAAUAUUCUCCUUCCAAGACCAGGGUACCCACAAUAUGAGUUUCGUGCCAAUUGUUGUCUCCUUGAAGUUCGGUACUUUGAUCUUUUGCCUGAGAGAGGAUGGGAGGUUGACAUUGAUUCUCUUGAAGCUCAAGCAGAUGAGAACACUGUGGCCAUGGUCCUCAUUAGUCCUAGCAGUCCAUGUGGGAAUGUGUUCACUUACCAACAUUUAAAAAGGGUUGCUGAGACUGCAAGGAGACUUGGAAUCUUUGUAAUAUCUGAUGAAGUUUAUGCCCAUGUAGCUUUUGGAAGCAUUCCAUUUGUGCGGAUGGGAGUGUUUUCAUCAAUAGUGCCUGUUAUUACAAUUGGUUCUUUAUCAAAAAGAUGGUUUGUUCCUGGUUGGAGAAUUGGUUGGAUUGCCACAUGUGACCCCCAUGGAAUUUUUCAAAAAUCUGGGAUCUUGAAGAAUAUCAUCAACUAUCUGGAGAUCACUCCUGAUCCUCCAACCUUCGUGCAGGCAGCAAUACCUCAAAUCCUUGAAAGAACAAAAGAUGAUUUUCAUUCAAACAACCUUAAUAUACUGAAGGAGGCUGCAAACAUAUUCUAUGAUGGAUGUAAGGAGAUCCCUUGCUUGAGAAGCCCUCACAAACCCGAAGGAGCAAUGGUUGCUAUGGUGGAGAUUGACUUUUCACAAAUUGAGGGCAUUAUUGAUGAUGUAGACUUUUGUACCAAGCUGGCCAAAGAGGAAUCUGUAAUUCUAUUUCCUGGUGUUACUGUUGGAUUAAAGAAUUGGCUUCGGAUUAGUCUUGCUGUUGACCUUUCUAAUCUUGAAGAAGGCCUAAGCAGGAUAAAAGCAUUCAGCCUUCGGCAUGCAAAGAUUGCAUAAAAUCA